AUGUGCGUCCUUCUGGGCGCGUCCCUCACCCGCCGGCCGAGCUUGCUGCCCGUGAGCGCCGCUCUGACCGGAGAUGCAGGUGGCCCCCAAGUACCGCCAGCCUCGCUGUACGUGGGCGACCUGCACGCCGACGUGACCGAGGACCUGCUGUUCAGGAAGUUCAGCGCCGCGGGCCCCGUGCUGUCCAUCCGCAUCUGCCGCGACCUGGCCCCGCGGCGCUCGCUGGGCUACGCCUACGUCAACUUCCUGCAGCGGGCCGACGCCCAGCGGGCCCUGGACACCAUGAACUUCGACGUGGUCCAGGGCCGGGCCACCCGCCUCAUGUGGGCGCAGCGCGACGCGCACCUGCGCAGGUCGGGCGUGGGGAACGUGUUCAUCAAGAACCUGGGCCGCUCGGUGGACAGCAAGGCCCUGCACCCGCGCUUCUCCGCCUUCGGCAGGAUUCUGUCGUCCAAGGUGGUGAGCGACGAGCGGGGUUCGCGCGGCUUCGCCUUCGUGCACUUCCAGAGCCAGAGCGCGGCCGACCGCGCCAUCGCCGAGAUAGCGUUUGCAUCAGUGCCGUCGGCGUCGCCCAGUGCCCGCGGGGAACUUGGGGCUCUUCACCCUGCUGGCCCCGGGGGGCCAGUGCGCGCCCACAGCCAGGGUUUGGGUUUACGUUGCCGACCGAUUCAGCGGUCGGGAGAGCAACUGGCCGCCGCGGUUGCUUCUUCUUACGAGUCUGUUGCUGUGAAGGCUGAGCAGCGGUUCCACUGGCUCUUCUGUCUGCCUGGAGCUGCGCGCUCGCGAUUGCAGCCUGUGUUCCUGCAGGGCCUGUGA